AUGGCGGAUGAAGCAGAUCCGCUCUCUCAAUUCGAUAUAUCGAAAGAGGAAACGGAUAAGCUUGUUUCGGAGGUGAUUAGAUUCGUGCUCUUCAAAUCGCAUCAAAACUCAGGAUGCCCAAUUAAAAGAGAAGAUCUGACGCAGAUCGUCACAAAAAACUAUCGCCAGCGUAAUCUCGCGACUCAUGUGAUCAACGAAGCUAAAAGCAAGCUCUCGAAAGUUUUUGGUUACGAUUUGAAGGAGCUUCAACGCUCGAAGCCUUCCUCUACAAAUCAAACAAGACUUCCUCAGUCACAGAGUUCUGUUGAAUCGAAAUCGUAUGUUCUUGUGAGUCAAUUGCCGAUUGAUGUGUUUAGGAAACACGUUGUGGAAGAGACUUCGAGUCCUGUUACUGGCUUCACGUUUGCGGUUCUUGCGAUUGUGCAGCUCGCAGCUGGUAAAAUCCCUGAAGAGACGCUUUGGCAUCAUUUGAGGCGAAUGGGACUGAACGAAAACGAUGAGCAUAAUCCUGUGUUUGGUAACAACAAGCAGGCCUUGGAGACGUUAGUCCAACAAAGGUUCUUGCAGAAGGAGAAAGUAAGUGGCCCAGAGGGAACCACUCUGUUCUAUGAUCUUGCUGAGAGAGCGUUAGAUCCUCAAGUUAGUGAGAAAGUAAAAGAUUAUAUUUCACAGGUCCUGAAGAAUGAUGUCUCAGCUGUAGAAAUUGAUUAG